AGGGUAAAAAUUGCGCCGCGACGAAUUUCAUUUCCUUCAAAGAGGAGUAGAGGUAGAGAUAGAGAUAGAGAGAGAAAUAUCAUUCGCCUGAGAAUCGGUCGUCUUUGUUUGUAUUUAGUUCUUAGGAAGGGAGGCGGUGUUUGAAGAGUCGAAGCUCGAAAGUUCUUCUCUUUUUUCUGGCUCUUCGUCUUGUUCUUCUUCAGUCGCGCAGGACUUUUUCUUGCCGCCGAUUUUCUCGGGAAAGUGUAUUUUUCUCCCGGGAAAAUAGAAUAUGGAAGUUGUCGUGGAAAACCCUGAGGAAGCAAGACCCAAGGAUUGUGUCGUGGAACCACGUGACCCUCGUGGCAAAACCCUAGGGGGUGAGCCGAAACCUACGGGUUCGUUGGAAAGUGCUCGAGAAAACGGUGCUAGGGCUUCUGAAAAUGGAGACGAGAAACUGAGGGGAAACACCGAUGAGACCGAGAUUUUGUCGGGAAAAGGUGUUGGAGUGGAUAAUCUUAACGAUCCUGUGAAUCUAGAAGAUUCAGACAUGCAUGGGGUUUCAUCGUUGUUGAAAAUGAAGCAACAUUUCGGUAAGAAAGGGAAUGCUAACUCAUCUGAUGUUGUAUAUUCUGUAAAAGACGUGAGUGUACAACACCAAGAAGAGAGUGAAGAAGAAGAUGAUGAAGAAGAGGAAGAAGAUCAUGGGUACCAAGUGGGAGAUUUUGUGUGGGGCAAGAUCAAGAGUCAUCCAUGGUGGCCAGGGCAGGUUUACGAUUCUUCCGAUGCUUCGGUCUUGGCUUUGAAGAUAAAGCGGAGGGGAAGGUUACUUGUUGCAUACUUUGGUGAUGGGACAUUCGCUUGGUGCCGUCCAUCGCAAUUGAAACCAUUUGAGGAGAAUUUCAAAGAGUUAUCGAGGGUAAGCAGUUUGAAGUUGUUUGUCAAUGCUGUGGAAGAGGCUGUGGGAGAGAUGGGUAGACAUGCUGAGCGUUUGAUGACAGAGCAGUUAGGUGAUGAUGGAGUGGUGAGACCAGUGGCCAUGAAUGCCGGGAUUAAGGAUGGAGUUCUUGUCCCUGAUGUCCGAAGGGAAACUGUCUCGUUCUUGUCGUUUGAACCCAGAGAUAUUCUCGGGGAUGUUGGAAAUCUUGCAAAGACUUGUGCUUUCAGUGAUUUGCUGGAGCUCGAGGUGUUGAAAAGGAAAAUAUCGGCAUUUUAUCAAUCUAACGGUGGUUACAGUUUGACAGCGUACCAUGACGCACAACCGGUCCCAGGGCUUGAAGACAAGGAUUUAGUUCGAGCAGUUAAACCACGUGGUCCUAAAGGUUCUGGGGAAGAAGAUGGGCUUAUCCCUGACAGAUCUCACCAUAGAUCACUGGAGCAAUGUUCUGGGUUUCCCGAGCAUAGGCUGCACCAUAGGAGGAAGCAGAAGAGCAUUGCUGAAAUCUUGGAAACCGAAAUGGCUGCUCAGGUGAAGAAAGCUGAUGAGCCCGAACCAAGAAGCACAGGUAGGAAGAAGAGAAAACGCGAUGAUGAGGUUAAGGAUAUUGAAAAGACAUCAACUAGUGCUUCUACUACCCCGAGGAAGAGGAGGAAUGUUAGCAAGCUUUCUAUCAUUGAGAACGCUGGUCCAAAGCAGGAGGACGAAAUUUGCAAAGAGAAAACUUUGUCGAGAAAGAGGAAGAAAAGGAGUGCAGAUCUGGGAGAUGAUGCAAGCGAUAAAAAAGAUGAGACGGCCGGUGUAAAAGAAGAAAGUGACGAGAAGGAAACCUUGGAUUUGGAAGAAGAUGGUGACUCAACCCCAUUGGAUUCUCUACGGAAAAAGGUGAAGACUAAUGCUCUGAGUGUUGAAUUGGAGAGCGGUAAUGGUGAGACCAAAGUGCAAACUCCAAUUGACUCAAUAUCAAGAGAGAGGAAGAAGAGCAAGUAUCUCUCUCCUCCUUACACAUCUGAGGUUGGUUGGAAAACCAGGAAGAGCGAGACAGGAGCUGAUUUUUUUAAUGUCUCGGGUCAGAUGGCGAAUGCUGCUGGGAAUAUCAUGGUGGCAAACGGAGGGAACCCAUCAGAGAAACCCAUCGAGGCAUCAGCUCUGGAUUCUGGUCAUCAAGAGUUGUCUGGUGAAUUGGUAAAGGCCAUUGAUUUUCUGAGAACAGGAGCUCCAGCAGAGGAAGUGAGGGAUCAAAUCCGGGCAACUGCUCUUAGUCCACAAUUUCCAAAGGGUGAUAGCUCUGAUCAUCUGAUGAGAGCGUUCAUUUCCAUCUACAGAAGUUUUACAUAUCAUGACGGGGCCAAUAGCAAGAUUCACAUGGAGCAAACUUCAGAUAAAGAGAACGAGCAGAACAGAAAAGAACAGAAUGAGACGAGCAAGCCCUCGAGGAAGGAGGAUAGCAAACCCGAGAAGAAGCCUAAAGAGAAGAAACAAAUGGAGGAAAACAAAUCAGAAACUGGAAAGAAAGAUUCAGGCGCAGAGCUUUUCGUGACAUUUGGUCCAGGUUCAGACCUGCCCAAGAAGGAUGAUCUGAUCAAAAUAUACGGAAAGUUUGGGCCUUUAGACGAAGAGAAGACCGAUAUGUUCUACAACAACUUCUGUGCUCGUGUGGCCUUCGUCAACUUACCCGACGCAGAAGCAGCCUUUGACAGCUCGCAAGAGAAAUGCCCAUUCACCACUGCAACCACCAUUACCUUCAAGCUCAAGCUUCCAUCUGAUGCACAUGGAAAAUCUAAGGAAAGGGGAAAGGAGAAGAAGCCCAAGAACCCGAGAAUUGAACCCGAAUACGUGAAGGGGAAGCUGGACGAGAUGAGAUCGAUGCUGGAUAAAACCGGUGGGGGAAUGACUGAAGAACUGAAGUUGAAACUGGAAGAAGAGUUGAGAAACUUGCUGGAGAAAGUGAGCAGGAUUGUGGUUUAGUCGUCUUAGGUUUUAAAAGGUUCUCAAACAGAAAAACACCGUGAGGGGAGUCUAUGGUAUGGUCUCUCUCGCGACACUAUCACAUCGUAUAUCAUAUAGUAUUAGUGUUAGUUUUGGACUCAUCUUCUGUCUGUAUGGAGAAUAUUUUGCGGCGGGCCUUUUGUACUUGUUAUUACAAUAGGGGGUUCAUUUGUCUGACUGUU